GCUUGUGCAUGGUGGAGGAGUCUCAGGAUGGGUGGCAGGGGUUGGUCACGUGCAGGAGUGGGUACUUGGGCCUGUGGGAGUGGGGGUGAUUGAGCCAGUGGGGUUGUUCAGGCAGCGGUGGGACGUUUUGGGUGCCUGGCAGGAGCCCUUGCGGAGGGGGAGACAUGCAUGCCUGGGGCUUCCCAUGGAGAGGGGUGCAGGCACCUGCUGCCGACUGUACCCCUCUCCUGGGUGCUCACAUUUGAGGCUAGGCACAAGUCCCUGACCUGGGUGCCACAGCAGUGGGACACCCAGCCCACGCCACACUCGGCUCCUCUCAGGGGCUUCAGCUAUGUGGACCUGGUGGAGGGGCUGCGGGACGGGCGCUUCUAUGCCCUGAAGCGCAUCCUGUGCCACGACAAGGAGGACCGCCAGGCUGCCCUGCAUGAGGUGAAGAUGCAUGGCCUCUUCGACCAUCCCAACAUCCUGCGUCUGGAGGCCCACUGCAUGGUGGAGAAGGGUGCCAAGCACGAAGCCUGGCUGCUCCUGCCCUAUGUGAAGGGGGGGACCCUCUGGAGUGAGGUGGAAGCACUGCAAAAGAAAGGGACCUUCAUGCCAGAGCAGCGGAUCGUCCUCAUCCUCCAUGGCAUCUGCUGCGGGCUUCAAGCCAUCCACAGCAAGGGCUACGCGCACAGGGACCUCAAGCCCACCAACGUGCUGCUGGAUGAGGAUGACCGGCCUGUGCUGAUGGACCUGGGCUCUAUGAACCAAGCUCGCAUUGAAGUCAACAGCUCUCGGGAGGCCAUGGCUGUGCAGGACUGGGCUGCCCAGCACUGCACCAUCUCCUACCGUGCCCCCGAGCUCUUCACGGUGCCAAGUCAGUGCAUCAUAGAUGAACACACAGAUAUAUGGUCCCUAGGCUGCGUGCUGUACUGCAUGAUGUUUGGGGAGGGCCCCUAUGACGCCAUCUUCCAGAAGGGUGACAGCGUGGCUCUGGCAGUGCAGAACCCCAUCACUGUGCCUCCCACAACCAGGUACUCGGUUGCCUUGCAGCACCUGCUCUGCUCCAUGAUGACGCUGAACCCCCAGGAGCGACCCAGCAUAAAUGAUGUCCUCCACCAGCUGGAGGGGCUGCAGGCAGCACCAGUGGGCCAGGACACCACACAGAUCUGAGCCCAUCCCAGCCCAUGGCGCUGAUGCACCCCAAGGAUGAGCUGGGGAAAAAGCAGCUGUCCUCAUCCCUGCUCCACCACAGAGCCGUUGCAGAGGAGACUGCUGCACUCGGGGGAGAGCUGCUGCUCUGUGUCAGAGGUGUGUUGGAUUUUGAGCAUUCUGUGCCCUGGAUGCUGCUGCCUGGGGCUUGGCCUGUGCCCCAGUACUGUGGGCAUGUGACCUGCUGCUAAACAUGGGGCCCUUGCCAGUCACUGCCUCCCCCAGCGAUUGUGGAGGAGGAUGCUGUGGGAUCCCCCAGGUGACGGCAGCCCUGGCCCCACAGCUCUGCACCCCAGGAGGGUCACUCCUGCUUGGGGCAAAGCUGUGGUCUGGGUGCUGGAGCAAGGCAGGGGGGAUCCGGCCCCUGCUCCACCACUGCUGUCGGCACCAACAUUGCCUUGUGUUUGGAGUAAAAGAUGUUUUUGCGGAGG